AUGCAAUUCUUCACCGUCAUCGCUGCCCUCGUCGCCUUCACCGGUGUCUUCGCUGUCCCAGCCCCCACUCAAACCGAGCAGGCAACCCUUGAACCUCGCCAGUUUGGUGGUUUCGGCGGCUUUGGACCCGCAAACGUAGUCGCCGGAGCGGCUGACAUUGCCACACUCGGUGUUUUCCACAACGCGCUUGGCGGUGGAUUCGGCGGUGGAUUCGGCGGUGGACUCUUCUAA